CUCACCAUGAAUUUGUAUUUCAUCUUUUACCUCUUCCCAGCACGUCUUAGGGCUUCAUGUCCCUCAGGCAGGGCUGCAGAGGCACCCGUGUGCAGUGGUAUCCCCAUUCUCCUGUGCCUCCAGGGACAGCGCUGGGCAGAGUGGAUGGAGAGAGGGAGCCACGUGGUCCUCGGCCCAGGAGGGAGAGCACGGGCAGAGGCGACCUGAGCCCUUCUCACAGGCAGGGGGAAUGAGCCCCUUUGCCCUGGCCAUGAAAUCAGUCAUGUCCAGCACCUUUCUGUCCUGCCUUCGCCUCUCCCGUCGGCUCGUGCCCCAGCAGUGCCAUCUGCAAGGUGGGAUGGAUUACAGAGUCCCCGGCGCCGUCAGCAAUGGCGAAACGGUGCCUGCACACCUCGACGUGGAAAAGGAGGAGGAGGAGGAGGACGAAACCCUGGAGCGAGGGCAGUGGAAGAACAAGAUGGAGUAUGUCCUGGCUGUGGCUGGGGAGAUCGUCGGCCUGGGAAACGUCUGGCGCUUCCCCUACCUCUGCUACAAGAAUGGUGGAGGUGCCUUCUUCAUCCCCUACCUCAUCUUCCUCUUCACCUGCGGGAUCCCUCUGUUCUUCCUGGAGACAGCGCUGGGUCAGUACACCAGCCAGGGAGGGGUCACUGCCUGGAGGAAGAUCUGUCCCCUCUUUGAAGGAAUUGGCUACGCCUCACAGGUCAUCGUCACGUUGCUCAACUUCUACUACAUCAUUGUCCUGGCAUGGGCCUUGUUUUAUCUCUUCAGUUCGUUCACCACCGACCUCCCCUGGGGCAGCUGUGACCACGAGUGGAACACAGGGAACUGCAUGGAGUUCCAGAAGGUGAAUUCAACGUUCAACAUGACCAAUGAAAAUGCCACCUCACCUGUCAUUGAGUUCUGGGAGAGGAGAGUGCUAAAGAUUUCUGAUGGCAUCCAGCACCUGGGCAGCCUGCGCUGGGAGCUGGCUCUGUGUCUCAUGCUGGCCUGGAUCAUCUGCUACUUCUGCAUUUGGAAAGGGGUCAAGUCCACAGGCAAGGUGGUGUAUUUCACGGCCACAUUCCCGUAUAUCAUGCUACUUGUUCUGCUGAUCAGGGGAGUCUCCCUGCCUGGGGCAUCUCAGGGAAUCCUGUUCUACCUCUAUCCAGACCUCAGUCGACUUGAGGACCCUCAGGUCUGGAUGGAUGCAGGCACUCAAAUCUUCUUUUCAUAUGCAAUUUGUCUGGGAUGCCUGACAGCUCUGGGCAGCUAUAACAAAUACCAUAACAACUGCUACAGGGACUGCGUGGCCCUCUGCUUCCUCAACAGUGGCACCAGCUUUGUAGCCGGCUUUGCCAUCUUCUCCAUCCUGGGCUUCAUGGCAGAGGAACAGGGAGUGCCCAUCGACGAGGUGGCUGAGUCAGGGCCUGGCCUGGCAUUCAUCGCCUACCCUCGGGCUGUGGUCAUGCUGCCCUUCUCCCCGCUCUGGGCUUGCUUCUUCUUUGUGAUGGUUGUUUUGCUGGGACUGGACAGCCAGUUUGUCUGCGUGGAGAGCCUUGUCACAGCUCUUGUGGACAUGUACCCCACCAUCUUCCGCAAGAAGAACCGCCGGGAGACCCUCAUCCUGCUGAUCUCCAUCCUCUCCUAUCUGGUUGGGUUGGUGAUGAUCACAGAGGGUGGGAUGUAUGUCUUCCAGCUCUUUGAUUACUAUGCUGCCAGUGGCAUGUGCCUGCUCUUUGUGGCCAUCUUCGAGGCUGUCUGCAUCGCCUGGGUCUAUGGUGCUGACCGCUUCUACGACAACGUCGAGGAUAUGAUCGGGUACCGGCCGUGGCCCUACAUCAAGUACUGCUGGCUCUUCAUCACCCCUGCUGUCUGCCUGGCAACCUUCUUGUUUUCUCUGGUCAAAUAUACCCCGCUGACCUACAACAAGAAGUACGUGUACCCGUGGUGGGGAGACACCCUGGGCUGGCUGCUGGCCCUAGCCUCCAUGUUGUGCAUCCCUCUCUGGGUCAUCUACAAACUCUCCACCAUCAAAGGCUCCCUCAGGGAGAGGCUUCGCCAACUCACCCGCCCACUUGAGGACUUGCCUUCCAGACCAGGUGUGGGACAACCCCUUCCCUCCACCAGAGCUGGCCUCCUUAUGCUGACAGAGCUCGAAUCUCAUUGCUAGGACCAGUGUGGCUCUCCCUUCCUCUCCCCCCAGGACGGUUUCUAUGCAGCUAUUACCACCUGUUGGAUAAGACAUGAAUUCUUCACUAGCCAAGGAGAGAGGGAUUUCUGGGCUGAGCUCCCUUCUCUGGAAUAUUUGAAGGGUUGAGGAAGAGGCUGUUGUGGAGAUGAUCUGCAUGGAGUUGGCAAUGUACCUUAAUCCUCUCCCUGGAGAGUGUUCUGAAGGGGCAGAUCAAGCACCAGCAUUCCUGAGCAUCCCCAGCCUUCUGGUGGGCAGAAAGGAAGGACUGAUCCUGGAGUGGAGAGUGUUAAAGAGCCUCAGAAGUGUGGGUGGCUCCAGUGUGGACUUUUGGAGCUUCUCCAUUCAUUCCAUUAAAUCCUUUUGUCUCCUCUA